AUGCCGGAAGCGGACGAUUGCGAAAAGUCACAAGCGCGAAGUCAUGUUGGAUCUCGUAGACAAAACGGGAUAGGCGCUCGAGGACAGCGAGAGAAGAACAGGUCUUCAGGCGCCCAGCAACAACCGAUGCAGCCGAAAGCGCAACGCUCCCAUACAAUCUCGAAACAAGUCCUUUUAGCUUACGAAUGGCCACCCAACCUCACAUAUCCACGCUUUUCUGCUUGUCGCUAA